AUGGUGUCCAAGCUCACGUCGCUCCAGCAAGAACUCCUGAGCGCCCUGCUGAGCUCCGGGGUCACCAAAGAGGUGUUGAUCCAGGCCUUGGAGGAGUUGCUGCCGUCCCCGAGUUUCGGGGUGAAGCUGGAGACGCUGCCCCUGUCCCCUGGGAGCGGGGCCGAGCCGGACACCAAGCCGGUCUUCCAUACUCUCACGAACGGCCACGCCAAGGGCCGCCUGUCCGGAGACGAGGGCUCCGAAGACGGGGACGACUAUGAUACCCCUCCCAUCCUCAAGGAGCUGCAGGCGCUCAACACCGAGGAGGCGGCGGAGCAGCGGGCGGAGGUGGACCGGAUGCUCAGCGAGGACCCGUGGAGGGCUGCCAAAAUGAUCAAAGGCUACAUGCAACAGCACAACAUCCCCCAAAGGGAAGUGGUGGAUGUCACCGGCCUGAACCAAUCACACCUCUCCCAGCAUCUCAACAAAGGCACCCCCAUGAAGACCCAGAAGCGCGCUGCCUUGUACACCUGGUACGUCCGAAAGCAACGGGAGAUCCUCAGACAAUUCAACCAGACAGUCCAGAGUUCUGGAAAUUUGACAGACAAAAGCAGUCAGGAUCAGCUGCUGUUUCUCUUUCCAGAGUUCAGUCAACAGAGCCAGGGGCCUGGGCAGUCCGAUGACGCCUGCUCUGAGCCCACCAACAAGAAGAUGCGUCGCAACCGGUUCAAAUGGGGGCCCGCAUCCCAGCAAAUCUUGUACCAGGCCUACGACCGGCAAAAGAACCCCAGCAAGGAAGAGAGGGAGGCCUUAGUGGAGGAGUGCAACAGGGCGGAAUGUUUGCAGCGAGGCGUCUCCCCCUCCAAAGCCCACGGCCUGGGCUCCAACCUGGUCACUGAGGUCCGAGUCUACAACUGGUUUGCAAACCGCAGGAAGGAGGAGGCAUUCCGGCAGAAGCUGGCCAUGGACGCCUACAGCUCCAGCCAGACGCAUGGCCUGAACACCCUGCUCUCCCACGGCUCCCCCCACCACCAGCCCAGCACCUCCCCUCCAAACAAGCUGCCAGGAGUGCGCUACAGCCAGCAGGGAAGCAAUGAGGUCACUUCCUCCUCAACAAUCAGUCACCAUGGCAACAGCGCCAUGGUGACCAGCCAGUCGGUUUUACAGCAAGUCUCUCCAGCCAGCCUGGACCCGGGCCACAAUCUCCUCUCACCUGAUGGUAAAAUGAUCACAGUCUCGGGAGGAGGUUUGCCCCCUGUCAGCACCUUGACGAAUAUCCACAGCCUGUCCCACCACAAUCCCCAGCAAUCUCAAAACCUCAUCAUGACACCCCUCUCUGGAGUCAUGGCCAUUGCACAAAGCCUCAACUCCUCCCAAGCUCAGAGCGUCCCCGUCAUCAACAGCGUGGCCGGCAGCCUGGCAGCCCUGCAGCCCGUCCAGUUCUCCCAGCAGCUGCACAGCCCUCACCAGCAGCCCCUCAUGCAGCAGAGCCCCGGCAGCCACAUGGCCCAGCAGCCCUUCAUGGCUGCGGUGACGCAGCUGCAGAACUCACACAUGUACACACACAAACAGGAGCCUCCCCAGUAUUCCCACACCUCCCGGUUUCCAUCUGCGAUGGUGGUCACGGAUACCAGCAGCAUCAGUACGCUCACCAGCAUGUCUUCCAGUAAACAGUGUCCUCUCCAAGCCUGGUGA